UCACCUUGUUUUCAGUCGGAACGUCUGACAAAGCACCUAAGCCGGAAAUAGCUUGAACUGAACUCACGUGUUGAAAUGAAACACAAAAAUAAUCAUAAUAAUAUGUCUAAGAAGAAACAAUUUAAGCCAGGGUCAAAAAAGAGAGAAAAUAAAUGCAUCGUUACGUUUGACGAAAAAGAUCGACAGGAGUUUCUCACAGGUUUCCACAAGAGGAAAGUGGAGAGAAGGAAAGCAGCAGUGGAAGAAAUUAAGAGAAAAAUUAAAGAAGAACAAAUCAAAGUCCGAGAAGAAAGACAUAAAGAAUACUUGAAGUUGCUGAAAGAAAGAAGAGAAGCUCUUGAUGAAGAUAAGGAUGAUUUGGAAGAUGCCAUAACUGCAACUAAGGAGUCUGUUCAAUAUGAUCAUCCCAAUCACACUGUUACCGUGACAACAAUUUGUGAUCUUGACCUGACAGGGUCUCACCUGCUAGGCCCUGUGUCAGACCAGGUUAAUGGUGAAAGUGAUAAAGAUGAAACAAAUGCUGAAGAGGAGGAAAAGAAAACUGCCAUGCCAAAAAAAGCUGGAAACCCUAUCCUCAACAAAAAGAUCCGCUCCUUGACAGCUUCACUUAACACAUUUACCACCAAGCGGAAGAAAAAGGGAAAACAGAAAGGCAUGGGCCGAACAGCAGACAAAAAAGUCUAUGAAACUGAAAGGAAGUCCAAAGGUGGGCGAACCACUAAGCGAGAGAGACGCAGAAGGACUGGGAAGAAUGAGACUUUAAAAAUGUAAACAUGGGACAAAAUGUGUUGACGGAGAGUGUUGGAGUAUUAUUCCAGCCUUGUUUGUACAUACUAUCUGCUGACUGCAACUGCCAAAUGUGUUUUAACAUCAUCACAUAUUUCUUGUAAAAUUAUAAUAUUUGUUUUAAAAAACUGUCAAUAUUAAACAACAUUUUUAACUGGUA